UCGACAGCUUUAGCCUUGUGCGCAAGCGCAGAUCCUCGACGUGUAACAUCAAGACCAUCAUGGCUGACGUAACAGCAGCGGACGGCGAUAAACUCAGCAAAAAAUUGCUCUUCUGACUGGUGGCGCAGCAUGCUUUGCCUGGUCAGGCAGCAGCUGUGCCAAGCCUUUCAAGUCAGGGGACAGUGGUAUAAACGGGCGCAACCAUGCAUAGCCGCAGUGCCUGUGCAAAUUUACGGGAACCGUUGGAGAGGUGACAAAAGUGAGCUGAAGAGGAGACUAAAAGCGGAGAAGAAGGCUGUGGAGAAAGAAGCCAAGGCCAAAGAACAGCAGUUGCAAAAGAAGGAAACCAAUAACUGCGAUGCCGCUGGUGUGGAUGAGGAGGCACUCGACCCAAAUCAAUACUACAAGAUCCGCACCCAGGCCAUUCAGGAGCUCAAGGGGACUGCUGAGGACCCGUAUCCACACAAGUAUCAUGUUGACUUGUCGCUCACAGAGUUUGUUGAGAAGUACAGCCAUCUCCAGCCAGGGGAACAGCUAAAGGAUGUCGUUCUCAAUCUGUCAGGCCGCAUCCAUGCUAAGAGGGCAUCUGGUGCCAAGCUGCUGUUUUAUGACAUGCGAGCCGAAGGCACCAAGUUGCAAGUUAUGGCAAACUCUGGGAAUUACAAGUCUGAGGACGCCUUUGUGGCCAUCAACAACAAGCUCAGGCGCGGCGACAUCAUCGGUGUCCGUGGGAACCCAGGGAAGACCAAAAAGGGGGAGCUGUCCAUCAUCCCCAUCGAGAUGACUCUGCUUUCGCCUUGUCUCCACAUGCUGCCUCACCUCCACUUUGGACUUAAAGACAAGGAAACACGAUUCCGUCAGCGCUAUUUGGAUCUCAUCUUAAAUGACUACGUGAGGCAGAAGUUUGUAACACGAGCCAAAAUCAUCACAUACUUGCGCAGCUUCUUGGAUCAACUAGGAUUUUUGGAGAUUGAGACUCCAAUGAUGAACAUCAUUCCUGGUGGAGCAGUGGCCCGUCCAUUUGUAACCUAUCACAAUGAGUUGGAUAUGAACCUAUACAUGAGGAUUGCUCCUGAGCUUUACCACAAGAUGCUUGUCGUCGGUGGGAUGGAUCGAGUGUAUGAGGUCGGCCGUCAGUUCAGGAAUGAAGGCAUCGAUCUCACUCACAACCCGGAGUUCACCACCUGUGAAUUCUACAUGGCGUAUGCUGACUACCACGACUUGAUGGACAUAACCGAGAAGCUUUUGUCUGGGAUGGUGAAGCACAUCACGGGAGGUUACAAGGUGACCUACCACGCUGACGGUCCUGAAGGAGAAGCCUAUGAGAUUGACUUCACUCCACCAUUUAGAAGAGUGAGCAUGACACACGACCUUGAGAAGCUGAUGGGAGUCAAAUUUCCUCCCACUGACAGUUACGACAGUGACGAGACGCGUAAAUUCUUUGAUGACCUGUGCGCCCAGAAGGGAGUUGAAUGUCCUCCCCCCCGAACGACUGCCCGUCUACUUGACAAGCUUGUGGGAGAUUUCCUGGAAGUCACCUGUAUCAACCCCACUUUCAUUUGCGAUCACCCUCAAAUCAUGAGCCCCUUAGCAAAAUGGCAUCGAUCAGAGAAAGGACUGACAGAGCGCUUUGAACUCUUUGUGAUGAAGAAAGAAAUCUGCAACGCCUACACUGAGUUGAAUGACCCCAUUAGACAGAGGGAGCUCUUUGAGCAACAAUCCAAGGCCAAGGCCGAGGGUGAUGACGAGGCCAUGUUCAUUGACGAGACCUUCUGCACGGCACUGGAAUAUGGUCUCCCACCAACGGCUGGAUGGGGAAUGGGCAUCGACCGCCUCACCAUGUUCCUCACAGACUCCAAUAACAUCAAGGAGGUUUUACUCUUCCCAGCCAUGAAGCCUGACGACAACAAAGCAAGCGUUCCUGCAGAGGGUACCUCUGUGUAACGUACAGACCUCCUUGAUGGAGGCUAGGGAAGCCUUUGUCAGUGUAAGGUCUGCCAGGUUUAUUUUUUAAUGAUAUCAAAGGCUUGGGUGAUCAAUUGUUGAUGCGAAUUGUCGGCAUUUUGCUCGGCUCAAUGUCAUAACAAAUUGUUUCAUUUUGAUAUUUUCUACACUUUCUGUCAGGAAAUUUGUUGGGUCCUACUUGUUUGUCAACAAGUGUACCUCUUAAUCUUCAUUAUCAACCAGACACUAAUUGGUUAAGCAGCAACUCAUAUCCUAUUAAUUGCUUUUUUACAGACCAAAAUGUAAUGUUUCAGAACACUCGCAAGAGUUUUAAGUAGUCAGUUUGGCUUCUUGUCUGUGUUUGAUGUCUGGACUUGACGUACAUCCCAAUUCAACUGAAGCACCAGUUGUUGUCACAAUACUGCCAUCUCUUCUGUCAUGUCUAAUUAUGACUUGUCAUUUACCGAAUUCAAAAGUCAAUCCUCUAGUCCAUCUGAGUAAAGCACUUUGAAUCUC